AGACAUCAGUCUUUCGUCUAGAUUUAGUUAUAUCAGACGCAUCUAAAAACUUUAUACUUGAGCAUGUCCACGCUGGAGAACGAAGUGACAUUUCGUCGUCAAGCCGAAAUUAAUCAGAAUCUUGAUGCGCAAUUUCACAGCUCUUCCACAGAGUUCAUCCUAAUCACCGAUCAUCGCACCUCCAAGUACAAGAGUCUCGAGCAGUUGGAGGCUGCCAAGUUGGAAGACAAUUCCAACGAUUCCUGCUGCAGUCGUUAUGCUCGAAAUAUCUGUCGCAUGAAGACGCUGAAGAAGCGUUUGCCCAUACUCAACUGGCUGCCCAAGUACAGACCAAGUGAUGCCCUUGGCGACCUUAUAGCAGGUCUCACUGUCGGCCUUACGGUCAUUCCCCAAGGUCUCGCCUACUCGGGCGUUGUGGGAUUGCCCGCCCAGUAUGGUCUCUAUGGUUCGUUUAUGGGCUGCUUUAUGUAUGUGUUAUUUGGAACCUGCAAGGACAACACUAUUGGCAGCACCGCAGUGGCCUCCUUGAUGACCUAUCAGUUUGCCAAAGGCUCCUGGCAACGCUCAGUGCUGCUCACGUUUCUCACCGGUUUCAUCGAACUGCUCAUGGCCGCCUUUAAGUUGGGUUCACUGGUUGAAUUUGUCUCUGGACCUGUGAGUGCAGGAUUCACAAGUGCUGUGGCUUUGAUUGUGAGCACCUCGCAAAUGAAAUAUAUUCUCGGUGUGAAUAGCGAUGGUGCUUCCUUUUUGCAAAGAUGGAUUAGCAUGAUCAAGGACAUAAACAACAUUCGAUUGGCGGACAGUUGUCUGGGUUGUGUUUGUAUUAUCCUGUUGCUGGCCAUGCGGUAUCUGGGCCGACUGAGCAUAGGACCCAAGGAUCGUACGCAAUGCAAUUGGUUGCAGAGAAUAAUCAAUAAUCUGAUCAAGUUUAUGGGCAUCUCAAGGAAUGCCACAGUUGUGAUUGCCACCACAGUGAUGGCCAUGCACUUGGAGAGCAGCGGUUCAAAUCCUUUUGUGCUCACCGGCUACAUACCACCCGGACUGCCCUCGUUGGCAUUGCCACCCUUCUCCGUUGAACCACAACCGGGAAAUGCCACAGCAGGUAUUCCGGCUGUGCCAGGAGAAACUUUCCUCGAGAUGGUGCAAAGCUUGGGCUACGGUUUGAUCGUUGUGCCGCUUAUAGCCCUACUGGAGAGUGUCUCUGUUUGCAAAGCUUUUGCCAAGGGCAAACAAAUCGACAUCACACAGGAGAUGGUAGCCACGGGUGUGGCCAACAUUGCCAAUUCGCUUUUCAGUGGCUAUCGCAGCAACAGCGGCUUGGCUCGUUCGGCCAUCAACAAUGCCAGCGGCUGUCGAACCAGCAUGUCCAACUUCUACAUUGGACUCGUCGUUGUGCUGGCACUCAGCUUUCUCACCGAAUACUUUGCGUUCAUUCCUCGAGCAGUGCUCGCUGCCAUUCUCAUCUCGGCGGUGAUCUUUCAGGUGCAAUACCAAAUCAUAAUGCCCAUGUGGCGAAGCAAACGCUCUGAUUUGGUGCCCGGCAUUUUGGCGUUCAUCACUUGUCUUGUUUUGCCUUUGGAGAUUGGCAUCCUGGUGGCCAUAGCAGCCAAUCAACUGUUCAUACUCUAUCACUCAGCAAGGCCCAAGGUUACGCUCGAGCAGCUGGAGACGGAGCAGGGUAUACGAUUUGUCAAGAUUACACCCGAUCGUUGCCUGAUCUUUCCCUCUGUCGAAUUUGUACGCAACAUGGUGUUGAAAUCUGGCAGCAAAACAACUUUGCCCGUGGUCAUCGACUGCACUUAUAUCUAUGCUGCGGAUUUUACUGCCGCCAAGGUUAUCUCCUCUAUGGUUGAUGACUUCCGUCGUCGACAACAGAAAAUUAUUUUCUUUAAUCUUAAGCCCAGUGUGGUUAGCAUUUUUGAGGGUCUCAACACUCGACUGAUCCUUUGCUAUAAUAUGUACGCUCUCAGCCAGGAACUGCAGCCAAAUGGUCAGCAUUCGAAGUCGGUCGAGUCUAUGGAUCACAUCGAGGAUGGCAAUGCAACGGAUUGUGUUAGCAUGGCCAGCACUAUGUCACUAGCAAAGACUAGUUAAACUCAUACGCCAACUGAUUACAUAAAGAAUCUACUAGCUCUAAGUUUAUAAUUGAAUUUUAUCUGAUGAUGUCAUUAUUUGCACGCAAAUAAACUU